GUGGGAAUUGAUAGACACUGCCCACUGGGUCCGGAGUCUGACAACGGCAGAUAAAGAGAUCGGAGACAUAUUGCUGUGCACUCUAGUAUUUACAUUCAGCACAAUGUCAAGCAGAGGUGGAAAAAAGAAGUCCACUAAGACCUCUAGGUCUGCAAAAGCUGGAGUAAUUUUUCCUGUUGGAAGAAUGUUACGUUACAUUAAGAAAAGUCAUCCAAAGUAUAGAAUUGGUGUUGGAGCUCCGGUGUAUAUGGCGGCUGUUCUUGAGUAUCUAACUGCUGAAAUUUUGGAGUUGGCCGGAAAUGCAGCAAGAGACAAUAAAAAGGGCCGGGUUACACCUCGUCAUAUCCUUUUGGCUAUUGCAAAUGAUGAAGAAUUGAAUCAGCUUCUAAAAGGUGUCACUAUAGCUAGUGGUGGUGUUUUGCCAAACAUUCAUCCUGAACUACUGUCCAAAAAGCGGGGUUCGAAAGGAAAACUUGAAGCUAUCAUUACUCCAACUACAGCCCCGAGAAUUAAGGGACCUUCAGGGCCUAAAAAGUCUACACUCAGAAAACCAGGACUGAAAAAAGGAAUUAGGAGACCUAAGAAAAAUGCAGCAGAAAUCGGCAAGUCGGCCACUGCAGAUAGCACAACUGAUUUAUCAGUUGAUGGAUUCACAGUCCUGUCAACUAAAAGUCUGUUUCUGGGACAGAAGCUAAACCUCAUUCACAGUGAAAUCAGUAAAUUAGCCGGCUUUGAGGUGGAGGCCAUUAUCAAUCCUACCAAUGCUGACCUUGACCUUAAAGAUGACCUAGGGAAUGCCCUGGAGAAGAAAGGAGGAAAGGAUUAUGUGGAUUCUGUUAAUGAACUUCGCAAAAAGCAUGGGCCUUUAGACAUAGCUGGAGCUGCUUUAAGUGUCGGUCAUGGACUGCCUGCAAAGUUUGUAGUUCACUGCAACAGCCCUGCGUGGGGUUCAGACAAAUGUGAAGAAUUGCUGGAAAAGACUGUGAAAAACUGCUUAGCUCUGGCAGAUGAGAAAAAGCUUAAAUCCAUUGCUUUUCCUUCAAUUGGAAGUGGCAGAAAUGGGUUCCCUAAACAGACUGCAGCACAGGUGAUCCUGAAAGCAAUAAAUACCUACUUUGUCUCUACAAUGUCUUCCUCGAUCAAGACUGUGUAUUUUGUUCUUUUUGACAGUGAGAGUAUAGGAAUAUAUGUGCAAGAAAUGGCUAAGCUGGAUGCUAAUUAAAGUUACUGUCUUGAAAAGUCUUUAAUGUCUCAUUGUAAAACACCCUUAUUUUAAUGUCUGUUUAGAUCAACAGAGUCCUUUUUUUAACUUUGUAAAACAUUAUGUUGUCACUAAUAAUUGACAUUAUUGCUGUCAAUGCACUGUACCCCAGGCAUUGUCUCAGUUUUGUGUACUUUAGAAAAUGUUUUAUAGGUUUUGUCACAGUAGUGAAUGAUGUUGAAAGGUGUUUAAAACCCAUUGUUGUUUCAUGUCAAAGAAAAUCUGAAGGCAUAUUUUGUAAAAGUGCUGUGUUACUCUGUAGUUUACCGAGUAAUCUUUUUUAAACAAGGAUGCUUCUACCAA